AUGCUAUCUUUCUUUCCGUUGAUGGGCAUGGCCGUGUUCCUCGGUCGUUGCCAUGGACUCGAAAAUUCCGAGUCUAUAGUUAUCCCGAGGCCAAAUGCCGGUGCUAAAUAUGUUCCCAGAGAUCUGCAGUCCUUUUCAAUUGAAUUUGCUUUCUUUCCAGACUAUGCUGGGAACAAAUCUCACCCUAACCAUUUCUCCAAGAAUUUAUUGGAGAACUUUAAGGACCUCACUGGAGUAUAUCCAUUGGUCAGAGUUGGAGGAACCUCUCAAGAUCAUUCGGACUACUUCCCGGAACAGGAAGAUAAUAUCCAGCUUAUAUACGAGCAUCCCGACGAUGAUCAACCGAUCCAAAUCAAUUAUGGACCAACAUUCUUUGAAUCUUACCAUACACUUGGACCCGUCAAGUUUUUGCAUGGUUUAAACCAGAACCAAAAUCGGUCUAUCAAACAGCUUCAGGGCGCUGCCAUCGAAGCCUGUACUGCAAUUGGACCGCAGCUACAUCUUUUUGAGUUGGGAAAUGAGUGGAACUUUGCACCAGGCAGCUAUAGGUCGGCCAACUACUCAUUGCUGGACUAUGUCCACGAAUGGAAUUACAAGUCUUCGGUAGUCAAAUCUGCUGUUCAAAAGGCUUGCCCGGGUCCUUUUCCAGGAUUCAUGGCACCGAGCUUCGUCUUAUUGGAUUCUGUCGAAACAAACGGCUGGACUGUACAAGAACUUUAUAAUCUUGGAUAUGAUGACAAGAACUUGACCAAGGAAUUCUCAUUCCACAACUACAUGGGUGUCAACCUUGAUCCAACUAGCAACGGAGCAGAUGACCUUCAGAAAACCCUCAUGAACCACACUAGUAUUAUUGAAAAUUUGGCGCCUCAAAUUGGUCGCUCUAAAGAUCUCGCAUAUCUAGGUCACCUCUACACCCUAGGUGAAAUGAACUCAAUUGCGGGGCAGGGACGCAACGGGGAAACCAACGUCUUUGGGGAUGCCCUAUGGAUGGUCGACUUUUCCCUCUGGGCCGCGGCACAUAAUAUUAAGCGUCUCCAUCUGCACCAAGGUCUCAACUACCGAUAUACUUCAUGGCAGCCCAUUCCCAGUAAAGGAGAAGACAUAGCCACAAGGCCACCUUAUUAUGGUCAGAUCAUGGUCGCUGCAACUUUGGGCCGUGCCGAGAAUUCCCGCGUGGUUAAUAUUCCUUUGAAAGAGGAUACUGAGGCCGCGUAUGGAAUUUAUCACGGAGAGAAGCUGUCCAAGAUUGUUGUCAUGAACAUGAAAGCUUUCAACGAGACCACUUCCGGAGGCCGGCCGUGUCGGCAAUAUCAGUUUAAAGUCCCUGGAAGACAUGAUCGUGUGAAAGUCGAACGUAUGAUUGCUCCUGGAAGUGAUUCGACUAGCGACGUGACUUUUGGGGGUAUUUCCUAUGACUAUGAUCUCAGACGUGGAAAACCAGUGACUGUUCACUCGGAGAAGGAGAUGGUCGAGGUUCGCGGCGGAACAGUCUCGAUCGACAUCCCGGACUCUUCGGCGGCUCUUUUGACUCUUAUUUGA